GCUGUGGCGGAAGCUCGGCGGCGGCGACCUGGAGCGUGUCCUCGCGAGCGGCGCCGCCGCCCUCCUCGACGCGCAGUGGAUCAUCAAGCAUGCCAAGGCGCGGAGGCGGGCGGCGUCCUCACCCACCGCCAGGCGCUUCCCAAAGAGGCCUUCCUCUCUUUCGCCGACCUCGUCGAGGCGACCCUUCCCGUCGCCGCGCUCUCGUACCCGUGGCUGACCAAGGACCACCCCGACCCGCGCGGAGCCAACCUCGCCCGCGUCGCAAGGGCGCUCAAAGCCCUCACCGGCGGCAUCAUGCGGCUCGGCGUCUUUUGGGACUUCGGCUCGCUGCACCAGCACCCCGACCCCCCCAACGGCGUCCUGCGCACCGAGGCGCAGAACGCGCUCUUCAAGCAGGGGCUGGGCUGCCUCGGCACGCUCUACUCCCACCCGCACACAUACGUGCUGCGGCUGACCUCCUUCCCGGACGGCCACAAGGCGGAGGAUCAGGCCGAGGGCACCAACGUGGCCAAGUACUUUGACCGCGGCUGGUGCGCCACCGAGAACGCCUGGGCGAGCCUGACCAAGUCCGGCUACCUCUCGCUCGACCUCGGCAAGAUGCGCGCCGGCAAGGAGUACAACUGGGACAGCCUCACCGACGACUGCACCCAGGACGGCGGCCGGCGCCCUCCGCUGCUGCCGUCUGCGUUCGCGGCGGAGCUGGAGUCGAAGAGCUUCACCAACGGCAAGGACGACAAGCCGCUGGUGAAGCAGCUGUACGAGGACGCCUUCGAGGAGCAGUUUGGCAAGGCGACCGUGCUGAACUACGAAGGCCUCGACUGGGGCGGCGCGGAGGCGGCGCAGCUGGCGGAGGUCCUCGCGAGCGGGGCAGCGCCGCGGCUCGAGUUGCUCUAUCUCAGCGGCAACCAGAUUGGCGACGAGGGCUGCAAGGCGCUGGCCGCCGCCCUCAAGGAGGGGGCAGCGCCGCGGCUCGAGACGCUCUGGCUCCGCGGCAACAAGAUUGGCGACGAGGGCUGGAAGGCGCUGGCCGCCGCCCUCAAGGAGGGCGCCGCCCCGAGCUUGAAGGCGCGCGUGGACAACCCGAGGCAGCCUGAGCUGGUGGCCGUGUGCGAGGAGCGCGGCAUCGAGCUGCGCCGCUUCUGAGCCUCUCCAGCCCCGGCCGGGCGGCAAGGGCGCGG